AAAACACUGACAUAUCUAGAUUUCUGGGCAUAUCAUGGUAAACUAUAUAUAUUAGGCUUUUGUUUUUGUGCACCAAUAUAUUAGGCUAAUGAAAAUAGACAUAAAAUAUACAAUCAUUAUUUAGUUUAAACUCUUUAAGUCUUAACCACUGUUUUUAAAACCGGACCGGAAGCAGAACCGGAAGUAUUUUGGGUCACGGUUCAAUAUGGUUCGACCGGGUCAAACCUGGUUCAAUAAUAUGGUUUAAUAUUUUUUUAGUAUGUAAAUAUAAAAGUAAUAUUAGUAAACAUGAUGCAUAGUUAAAAUAUAAAUCAAUUUUAAACAUAAAAUAUUAUAAAUAUAAAUUAGUUGCUUGUUUAUAUGGAUGGUUUAUAGAUUUUCGAUAGUUUUAGUGGUUUUUAUUGGUUUAAUAACUUUGAAAUAUAAUCCGGCUAUGUGGCCGGUUCAUGGUCGAACCAAUUACUAGACCAACCCGGCUAUAUAACCGGUUCAUGGUCGAACCCGGUCCAACCAUCGGGUCGGUCCGGUUUUAAAAACACUGGUCUUAACGUAAAACGCACAACCAAUUAGUGACAAAUAAGUCCACGAAGCAUCUUCUUUCCUUUCUAGAACCCUAAAAGCAAACCAUACACUUCUCUUCUCUCUCUCUUUCUCAAAGAACCUGUCAAUGUAAUUAAAACAGUUUCCAAUAUUUUCGCCACCAUAAAUAAACUCUCACCUCCACCUCUUUAACUCCACCACUCCAAUUGAGAAAAUAAUUUAUUUUAUAAAAAUUCACCACUCCACAAAUUUCAUACCACGCAAAAAAAAAAAAACUCAUAAACCCUAAUCAACCGCAACUUCCACCACCAACUCAAAGCUUUCAUUUUCCAAAUUAAAGAAGAAUGAGCAGAAGCAAAUCCAUAGUCAUCAAUUCCAGUUCCGAAAAUAAUAUCUCCACAGUCGCUGCCGCAGCUGUAGCUAUGAGACGUUCUGCUUCAAACGCAAGCCCCGUGAUACAUACUAAUGAUCUUAACAGAGAACCGCGGCGACCGCGGUCAUUUAAGUUUCCGGUAUCUCCCCAACUGAUACAAGGGGAAGAGAUGGUCCACUUCGGACAUCCGCAACACGUGCUUGUCAAAGUUGAACUGCCAGAUAUCUACACGUGUGCAGGGUGCAAAGAAGAAGGAGCUGGGAUUAGGUACGUGUGCCAAGAGUGUGAUUAUCAGCUCCAUGAGUUUUGUGCUUUGGCUCCUCCUCUACUUAAGUCGCAUCCUUUUCAUUACCAGCAUCAGCUUCCCUUCUUUGCCAAGCCUGCUAAAGGAGGAAUAAUGAAAUCAAAAUGCGACGUGUGUGGAAGAUCACCUAAAGGUUACACCUAUAGAUGCAAAGCUUGCAGUUUCCAGAUGCAUCCUGGCUGCGCCAUGUUAUCUCCUUCCCUCUCCUCUUCCUCUCUCCAUCGCCACCCUCUACAGCUCCUCCCCUCUUCCUCCCCUGCCAACACCACCGGCGGGUUCCUCUGCGGAGAGUGCAAGAGAGGUAAGCGAGCCGGGAGGGUUUACCGUUGCACCGUUUGUGAUUACCACUUGCAUGCCGUAUGCGCCAAGGACGCCGCCGUGAACGGCCUUCGUGAGAACGGACACAAAGGGAGGGACAGGUCUCCAGCGGUUUUGGGAACGGCGGCGAGGUUAGCGUCGCAGGUUGUGAUUGAUUUUCUUGGUGGUAUGAUGGAAGGUCUAGGUGAAGGUGUUGGUGAAGCCAUUUUGGACGGUGUAAGUAGAGGCGGUGGUGGUGGCGGUCGCGGUGGAGGAAAUGGAGGUGUUACUGGGGUAACUCCACGUGUCAGAGGGGGCUAAUUAUGAGAACUUUGGAGAUAAUUAGUUAGGAGUGUUUAUAUGAAUAUGGAAAUGAUUGUAUUUUUUUUGCUGUGUUGAUUGGUAAGUACAUAUAGACUGGAUCGAGUAUUGAUGUUUAUUGGGUUGGGUGAGAGGGAGAUAUUAUAUUGAUUAAAUUUGGGGAUGAAGUAAUAAGAAUAGGAACAAUGUGUAAUGUUUAAUUAGUUUUGAUAUUAAUUAAAGUAAUGUUAAUGUA